AGGGUUUAAAUGGCACCCAGCAGUUGGCGUGAGGGGCUGCAGGAGCUUGGGGGCUGGUGGCAGGAACAAGUCUUUUCUGACCCCAUGGAGCUGUAUGAGACAUCCCCCUACUUCUACCAGGAACCCCACUUCUAUGACGGGGAAAACUACCUGCCCGUCCACCUCCAGGGCUUUGAGCCACCAGGCUACGAGCGGACUGAGCUGAGUCUGAGCCCUGAGGCCCGAGUGCCCCUGGAAGAUAAGGGGCUGGGGACCCCCGAGCACUGCCCAGGCCAGUGCCUGCCGUGGGCAUGUAAGGUGUGUAAGAGGAAGUCCGUGUCUGUGGACCGUCGGCGGGCCGCCACGCUGAGGGAGAAGCGCAGGCUCAAGAAGGUGAAUGAGGCCUUUGAGGCCCUGAAGAGGAGCACCCUGCUCAACCCCAACCAGCGGCUGCCCAAGGUGGAGAUCCUGCGCAGCGCCAUCCAGUACAUCGAGCGCCUGCAGGCCCUGCUCAGCUCCCUCAACCAGGAAGAGCGAGACCUCCGCUACCGAGGCGGGGGCGGGCCGCAGCCAGGGGUGCCCAGUGAAUGCAGUUCCCACAGCGCCUCCUGCAGUCCAGAAUGGGGCAGUGCACUGGAGUUCGGCCCCAACCCAGGGGAUCAUCUGCUCACAGCUGACCCUACAGAUGCCCACAAUCUGCACUCCCUCACCUCCAUCGUGGACAGCAUCACAGUGGAGGAUGUGGCUGUGGCUUUCCCAGAUGAAACCAUGCCCAACUGAGACUGUCUGCCAGGAUGGGUGUGCGUGAGAGCCCCCCGCAAGGCUGGCCACAGACGGCACCACUUCUGCAGCAGGGCUCUCCUAAGCCAGUUGUCCUGCUGCCAGGAAGCCAGCCCUGGGGUUGCCAAAUGCCAGACUAACCCCCUCCUCAUCCAUAUAAGGUUAGCCCACCGCCCAGAGAGGGAAUGGAUGCUCUCAUUUAUCUGACUCCUUAGAGCAGAAAGCAGUUCUGUUUCCAAGGGGAUAAAACAGGGGACCAGAGUGCCCCCUUGCGUAAGCCCCCCUGGCUCAGGGGACAAACUCAGGAGCUUCCCUUUGAUCAUAAUGCAGCCUUCAAUUCCACCCCCUCAAAAGAAACAGUUUGAGAGACGAAGAGUGUCUUGACCUGGACAAGCUAUGCACAUCUCCUGUUCGUGUCUCUUCCUAAGCCAGUGGCUAGGCUGGGCCUGCCCUGAAUUGAGAGAAGAAAAGGAGAGGAACAAUCCUCUAUUCCCAAGUCCCUGGGGGGCCAAGCUUUUGCAGUGAAUAUUGGGAAACUUCCAGUGGUUUUAUGUUUUGUUUUGUGUGUUGUUUGUAAAGCUGCCAUCUGACCAAGUUCUCUUGUGCUGAAGUUGCCAGGGACAGGCGGGGGGGGGGGGGGGGGGAGACGGGGGCAGGGGCUCCUGGGGUGAUUUGUUAACUAAGCAUCGUGUGGUUUUGCCAUUGUUUUAUAUAUUUUUUGCUAACUUAUUUGGAUUUCUUUUUUAAAAAAUGAAUAAAGACUGGGUGCUAGA